AUGCCCGCCCUCGCGCCGAAGCUCGACCCUGCCGGUGUGCGCGCGGCCCCCGACCCUCCAUCCCCAUCACCGCCGCCGCCGCCGCCACGAACAUUCCGCCUUCAACAGCAGCAGCAGCAGCAACCAACCCCAGACGCCACCCACGCCGAGACGGCCGUCGUCCCUCUUGCCGCCCGCCAAAACCCCCUCCCACCCGCCUCCUCGGAGAGCAUCAUCCCCGCCACCUACGGCUCGCUCUACGACUCCCCGCCGCCCGGCACCGUCGUCGCCAUCGUCCUCGGCUCCGUCGCCGGCUUCCUGCUGCUCGUGCUGCUCGUCUACGCGGCCCUCGGCUUCGGCCCCGCCCGCCGCGGCACCACCGAGUCCGGGUCCGUCGUCCACGCCGCCCCGGCAAGCGUCUUCAGCCUCCGUUCCCGCUCCCGCUCCCGCCUCGCCGCCCCGGACCCCCACCACAAGCAUCAUCGUCGCCGCAGCAGCCGCCGCCGCUCCGCCCGCCGCGCGUCCGAGACGGUCGAGGUGCGCACCCGCGAGCACUUCGUCGUCGACCACGCCGCCGCGUCGCGCCCGCCCCCGCCGCCCGCCCCGAAGACUGCUGCCUCGGCUCCCCGCAUGCCGCCCCCGCCGCCCCCGCCGGGCGUCGUCGUGGACGACGGCGACGACGAGGUGGUGGUCAUCGAGGAGCACAGCCCGCCCCCGCCUCGCAGGAAGAGCCGCAGGCACAGCGGCCGGAGCCGCCGCAGCGACGAGGAGGCGCGGCGCGGCGCCUAUCGCGACAUUGAGCCUGAUCGCUUCGCCGGCGGCGAUGCGCCGUUGCGUCAUGUCAGGAGAGAGGGGAGCAGGCGGUAUAGCCCGGACCACGGGAGGGGACAUUGA